AUGGUGUUUAUUCUGGGGGUCAACUUCCCCGAGCACCGAUUCAUCUGGCGCUCGCUCGAAACAUUCUUUGGCAUUGGCCCCUCCACGCGCCAGCGGAUUAUGGCUCGCUUCCACUUGCACAACACGAUGAAAGUUGGCGACCUCAAUCAGACUCAAAUCCUCGAUCUCACGGCGCACCUCGAUUCGAUGAAACUCGAAAACCACCUCCGUCGCCAGAUCCAGCAGGAUAUCCAACGCCUGAGAGAUACGGGAACGUACAGGGGCCGUCGGCAUGCCAUGAACCUGCCGGUUCGCGGGCAAAAUACCAGAAGCCAGAUUAAGAAUGCCAGGAAACUCAAUCGGGCGGAAAGAUUUUGA